CACACACAUACACACACACACACACACGCCCACAUUCCACUGAGGAACGUUGUGUGAUGUAUAAUUAUUCACAGGAUUAGAUAACGUGACUUUUGGAGCCACACUUAAGGAUUGUCAUUCUAGAUGAACGCUUGCUUUUACUGCAGGUAAGUCACAUUUCUACUUCUCUGAUUUUUCUAUCAAAGAACUUCCUGCAGGAAAGCAAAGACUUUUUAUCGUAUAAAAAAAUAACUAUUAACAGUGUGAGAAAUGAGCAUCUUCGGUUAUACCCAUUUAUUUGCACUUUUCCAAAGUCUCUUCUGAUUGGUGGCUCCACAGAUAUCUCUCACCUUGUCAUCUUCUGUAUCUCCCUGCUUCACAGACUUGUGUAUGUAUUCCCUUUGACAGAGAGUCAUUUUAUGUCAGAGCAUUGACAGUAAUCAAGGACAAUGAGCUCGUUGAUGAUCCAAUCACCUGUCUCACAGGAGACAGAUGUUUACAUCUGUGCAUACAUGCGUGCCUACAUUCCCAUCUUCUCCUGUGCUUGCACAAAAUCCAAAAUAUCAGACAAUGUAUUCUCGCUCUUUAAAAAAUAUUGAAUGUACUGAUGUGGUUACUCAAUUAACUCUCAAACUAAUUGUGAGAACAGUUAUUAAAAUAAAUGGAAACUAGCUUAAUUAAAUAACGGUCUUGGGACAUUGAUCGGCCUUUUGCAUUCAAAGGUUCAGUUUGAGUUGUAACCUAUAGUUAAUGUGUAGAACAUGAAAACCAGAUCUGAGCAGCGUAACAUAAGAAUUCCUCGUUAGAUUAUAGAGACAAACAUGUUACUGCGGUCAAGAUAUUUACUGAAUAGCAGGAACAGUACUUCUACUCUAAAUGUGAGUCCAAGAUUUAGUUACCCCUCAUGUUAUUUUAUGUCUUAAAUUGUUAGGAAGAGGUUUGGAGACAAUAUUAAAAGCAAACAAGGUUCAACACAAACAUUCAUGACCUAUUCAUCUGCUUUGUCAAAAUGUUUUGAAGUAAUAUGAUAGUCCAAUUUCUCCUUUUACAAUGACAGUGAAACCGUGUGAAGAAAAAACAACAGUAGAUUCAGGAAAGAUGUCUUCCCAAGUCAGACUGAGGCUGCUGCCGAGAGCCAGAUGCAUGUUCGAUGAGCCCGUCCAGGUGAAGGUGGCCGGGCUGAGGUCCAGACAGGUGGUCACCGUGAGAGCCAGAUCGACCGACGAGAAGGAAGUGGUGUUCAGCUCCUCGGCCACCUACAGGGCCGAUGGGGGCGGGGAGGUCGACCUGGAGAGGGACCCCUCUCUCACUGGGAGCUACACCGGGGUUGAGCCCAUGGGUCUGCUGUGGUCCAUGAGGGCAGACUCUUUGCACAAAAGGUUUCAAAGAACAAAGUCACUAAACCCUCACGUGGUGAAGUUCUCCGUGCACGAGGAGGAGGGCAGGAUGCUGGCAGAGGCGACCAAUGAGAGGCUUCUGAUUGGAGACGGGGUCAGCAGGCACACGGUCAAAGAGGGGAAUGUUCGUGGGGUCCUGUUCACUCCGCCAGGAAGAGGGCCAUUCCCUGCCGUGCUGGAUUUGUACAUUUUAGGGGGAGGUUUCUCAGAGAGGAGGGCCUCUCUGCUCGCCAGUCGAGGAUUUGUGGUCCUGACCGUAGUGGCGUACGGUUACGAUGACAUGCCGAAGAAGAUCAAAGAGGUCCAUCUGGAUUAUUUUGAGGAAGCAAUACAGUUUUUGAAAAAACAAGAUAAGGUGGGCAGUAAAGGAGUUGGUGUGAUAUCCAUUUCAAAGACUGGAGAUCUUGCACUAUCAAUAGCCUCUUACCUGCCAGGUGUUGAGGCCACAGUGUGGAUCAACGGCUGCUCUGCCAACACUCUUUUACCCCUCUACUAUAAGAAGAGACAAAUCCUCCCUCCGUUAAUGAUUGACCUCAGCAAAAUGAUUCCCACUGAGUCAGGGGCCUUCAUUAUCAAGAAUGUUCUCCAUAACCCGCUGGCAGAGGAGAACAAGGCCACCCUGGUCCCUGUCGAACAAGCGGAGGGGCGUUUCCUCUUUGUGGCCUCAGAGGACGACCUCAACUGGGACAGCAAGGCUUACAUGGACAUGAUGGUGGAGAGACUGCAGCGUCAUGGGAAGGACAACUUUGAGAGCGUUUGUUACCCCGGAGCGGGGCAUUAUCUAGGGCCGCCUUAUGGUCCCUACUGCCCCUCCAGUGUUCACUGGGUUGCACGCAGGCCGUUCCUGUUGGGGGGUGAGCCCAGUUCCCAUGCAGCAGCUGAAGUCCACCUGUGGAAGAAGAUCCAGGAGUUCUUCAGAACUCAGCUGAACUGUGAUGCUACGCAGAUAAAAGCCAAACUAUAGAUCCACUUUUAUAUAGUUACACUAAUGGGGAUAAUUGGUCUAUAUUUAUUAUAUAAAUUUGAGAAUAGAAAGUCCACUUUAAGGGAAAGUCUGUCAGGUAUAAUUAUGGCCUUAUACUUGCUUACUGUCACUUAUAAAGCUGUCUGUGUCUGUCUUGUAUUCUGGCAUGAGUAAACUUUAACUCAACCUUUUCCUAACCAUGUUACUUAACUGGACCUGUUUGUAUCUGUAUCACUCUGCUAAAGUUUUACACAUGCAGACUUAGACACGAUGUGUUGUCUCUCUUUAAAGACCGCUGUUGUGUCUGUGCUGUUGUUGUGAUCCCAAUGCACAGACAAAAGCAGAUUAUACUCGCACUUCUAAGCUCUGUAACAGAUGAAUGAGUGGUGCCUCACUUUAAUGAAUAAAGUAUUCAAAGAA